CCCAAAAAAAUGGAUUUGAAAAGGCCAUUUGGCUACUAGUUUCCUGGUUGAGCCGCAGUUCCAGUUUCUCUACGUGCACAGCAAAAAUUCCAAAAGCCAUGAGAUUAAUGGUCACCGCUUGAAGGUCGAGCUCAAAUCCCAAAGGCCAAGGAGCAUUCUCACAGUUGAAGGCAGAUUCACUUGCGAAAAGGAGACCGAGAAGGGGAAAUUCAUCUCCAUUGCUGCCCAUAUCUCUGAAUCCUUCCUUACCGAGGUAAUAUCUGCAUUAUUUUAGGUUUUUAGGAAUCAGUUCGAAAAUGAAUUUAGGAGACACCAACAAGGUAUGGGAGAUCAAAUCGCUGAAACGAAAGCCGAAAGAAGAAGAGGCCCGGAAGAUCCUAGAGCGGAUCGCCAAACAAGUUCAUCCUAUCAUGCGUAAACACGGUUGGAGAGUCAAACUCCUUUCGGAGUUCUGUCCGAAGAAUCCAUCACUUCUGGGAGUGAACGUAGGAGCCGGUGUUAAUGUAAAGCUUAGGCUUAGGAAGCCUAACAGGGAUGAAGAAUUUUUACCAUAUGAUAAUGUUUUGGACACCAUGCUUCAUGAGCUUUGCCACAAUUCUCAUGGUCCUCACAAUACCAGUUUCUACAAGCUCUGGGACCAACUCAGGAAGGAAUGCGAAGAUCUUAUGAGUAAGGGGAUAAGUGGGACAGGGGAAGGGUUUGAUCUUCCUGGAAAGCGUUUGGGGGGCUUCUUUCCCCAGCCUUCAUUGUCCUCUCUAAGGAAGGUUGCAGCUACUGCUGCAGAAAAGAGGGCACAACUUACAUCCCUGUUGCCACCUGGUCCUAAACGCCUUGGGGGUGAUAGAUCAAUCAUGGGCGCACUUUCACCCAUUCAAGCGGCUGCCAUGGCUGCUGAGAGGAGAUCUCAGGAUAAUAUUUGGUGUGCUUCAGAGUCUUCCAAUAUCCAUGAAGAAGAUGAUGAUGAUUCUGAUAUGUCAUUAAACCCUUUGAAUGUGGAGCCUAAUUGUGCGAAGCCAAAGCUUUCUAGCAGUGCUGAUAUAGAGGCUGUUGAUGCAGUAACCCGAAAAAGAAAUAGAGAGCCAGAAAGUGCUUUAUUUUCAAGUUCUUCGGAUGAUGGUACUGUGAUUAAUUCUAUCUCAGGGUCAAAGCCGCUUAGUGACAGGGACAAAUCUUGCAAGAAAGUCCAUGCAGAGGGAACUUCACUCCCUCAGCCACCAUGUGAUUGUAAAGGGUUAGAUUUUGUGGAUUUAACUGAUGAUAACUCUAGUGCAAAAGAACCCCAUGGCCAUGAGGUGGUGCACAGUUUGGAGAACUCAGUUGCUUGGAAAUGUUUAAUGUGCACCUUGUUGAAUCCGCAAUACGCUCCUAUAUGCGAGCUUUGUCAAACUCGAAGGCCUAAAGAUUCUAAUGGUAAGGAACAUGCAUGGACAUGCAAACUUUGUACACUAGAUAAUGCCAUAGAGGCAGACAACUGUGCCGCAUGUGGAGAGUGGAGAUUCUCUCGCGGCCCUCCUGUGGGGAUGCCAUCACCAGAUCUUGGUACUUGAAUUGACUUGGAAUGCAGCUUACACGAUAGAAUUAUCUUGGAAUGUAGCUAUUGAUUGAAUCAGCGGAACUAUGAUUCCUCUUUUGAUUGUACAUGAAAUUUUGCACCAAGUAAUGUAGUCAUGUACACUUAAUCUUCUAUGUAUGUCGUCUGAAGCUCUGAAUUAUCUUGAUUGUAAUUUUCUGGGUAUAUGCAUAGGUUAGGGAAUCUCGUGCCACACAUAAUUGUUGGGCUUACAAG